AUGCAGAAUUCCUCCAAGCUGGGGAGCGAGGAUGAUGGCACCGCUUUCCUUGUGCUGGCCAGGGGGUGUUUUGGGUUUGGAGAGCCUCUGGGUUACCCCUCUGCCUUUCUAACCCCCUUACUGUCUGUCCACAGGUCAACUUGCCCGCUCGGAAGCCAUGCUUGGAUUUUAAUAGCCAUGUUCCACCUAGCCAUGGACCUUGCCAGCUGCCAGCCCCUGGCCAGCGGUGCUGGGGGGAGGCUCUCACCACGGCCAGCGCUUCGGCACAGACUGUCCCGCAGCUCCCUGUGGGGCACGGGAAGCGGAGGGGAGGAGCUGCGGCGUCCCAACAUCCUCUGGACCUGCACCCUGGCACCCUCUGGCCAGAGACCCCGCUCCCGCCGACCACCCCAAACCGCCCCGCUGCCCGCCAGCCACCCCCGGCCCCGCUCCCGGAGGGGUCGGCGGCACCUGCGUGGCCACGGCUUUGCCCCGCGGGACGGGCGGCCCACGGCGCUGCCCGAGGUCAUCGUCUGGGGCCCCACGGGCGAGGAGGACUCCUUGGAGAGCAGCACGCUGCCCGGCACCUUCGCCACAGCCACCACCACCACCGCUGCCACCACCGCCGCCACCACCACCGCCACAGCCGCGGCCACCGCUGCCACGCCGCCCCGCGCCCCCCCCAGCACCCCGGUCCCCGCACCAGGCAGGGAUGUGCCACGCAGCAGCCCCGGCCGCACCAGCACCGCCGAACCGGCCGCCGGCCACAGCAGCGGCAAGGAGGCGCGGCCGCCCCGUGGGCUGGGGGACAACACAGGUCUGGCAGUUCAUCAGAUAAUCACUAUUACCGUGUCCCUCAUCAUGGUCAUAGCUGCUCUGAUAACAACUCUUGUCUUAAAAAAUUGCUGCGCACAGAGCGGGCGCCCGCGGCGCAACAGCCACCAGCGCAAACUGGAGCAGCAGGAGGAGAGCUGCCAGAACCUCACCGACUUCGCCCCUGCCCGUGUGCCCAGUGCCCUCGACAUCUUCACCGCCUACAACGAGAGCCUCCAGUGCUCCCACGACUGCGUCCGCACCCCCGUGCCCGUCUACGCGGAGGAGGCCUUGCACUCGCCCGGGGAUUAUAAAACAACCUACAAUGGAAACAGACCCUCUUCUUCUGACCGGCAUCUUAUUCCCGUGGCCUUUGUGUCUGAGAAAUGGUUUGAGAUCUCCUGCUGA